ACUGAGAGAAUAAUGAGUUCGAUGUAAGAUCAUUUAACAAGUCAAGAAGCAAAAAUGUCGUUAAAAUGAUCUAAAGACAUUGUAAGAAGUAAGUAAAAAAAAAAACUUGACUGACAUUUCACUCGGAUCAACAGGUAUAUAGACGACGCGAUAACACAUCAUUAUCUAAAGUGGACUCGAAAGUUAUAUUCAAUGCUUUAGAGACAGAUAAACUGUCUGAUAAAUUCAAACCAAUUUCGAGUUGCAGGUGAGUGUUGUCCAGUGGCAAAUUGCAUUUUUCAACAGAAGCUCGCACAAGUUCUUGUCUCGCUGUGUAGUCUCUGGUGCAAUAAAAAAUGUUAUCGGAGACUGAUACCGUGAAUGUAGGUGACAUCCGAUUCGAUCGCAAAGAUGUUUUGGGGAGUGGUGGCUAUGGCUCAGUGUAUCGUGGUAAUUAUAAAGGUCAAAGUAUAGCCGUCAAAAGAGUUGAGAAGAGAGCCGGCAGGGUUCAAUUGGUUGAAAACGAGUUAAACAUUCUGAAGAAAUUAGAUCAUCCCAAUAUAGUGAAACUCCUUCACUUCGAUAGCGAUGCCGAUUUCCAAUACUUUGUUCUGGAAAUCUGCAACACAUCAUUGGAACAGGUGUUUCGAAAUCGAGAUUCUCGGGAAGAGGAAGGAGGAGAGAAUUCUCGGAAAGAUAAAAGACCUACAUUACCGAAUAAUUUUGAGGUUUUCUUCCAGUUAGCCUCUGGCGAAGAGAUAACGAUCAAAUGGGCUGAUUUUGGAUUGUCCCGAGCAGUGAAUGAACGAGGAACAUUCACGAUGAGUGGAGUCAGAGGAACAUUACGUUGGUUCGCUCCUGAAGUGUUGAAAAUACAUGGCGAAAACCUACGCAUCGAAGAAACUAGAGGAAACAUUCAAAGCGACGUUUUCGCAGAAGGCCUCGUCUUCGGUUAUAUUCUCUUGAAAGGAAGUCAUAUCUACGGUCAAAAGGAAGAAGAAAUUGUGAAAAACAUCAGGGAAAACAGGCCAAUUAAUAUGGAUCAGAUUCACCAAUUGCAUUGGGCACGUAACUUGAUUGAACAAAUGCUGACCAAUACACCUGAAAAUAGAAUUACAUCUGAAGAAGUUGUUGCUCAACUUCAAUCGACAAGAAUCAAGCUAAUCGAAGAAGAAAAAAAUCUGCGUCGUCUGUGUGCAGAUAAGUCUACAAUGUCCGAUUUUAGGAAAAAUAUUGAACCUUUAAUCCAAAUCGGCAUCGACUUUAACGCAAAGGAUAAAGGUGGUUGGAACGCUCUACAUCAUUUGUGUUUUAACAGUUCAAGUCCACACUUAAUCGAGGCAAUUCAAGAAUUGAUCAAACUCGGUAUCGACAAGGACGCAAAGACGGAAAAGGGUUGGAAUGCACUUCAUCUUUUGUGCUCAAACAGGCAAUACAAGAAUUGA